UGAGGUAUUGUGUUUGCAAGCUGAGGAAAGAAGCAACUUGUUUGGUUAUGUUUGGACCUGUGUGGACUUGUUGUGGGCGGACAGAGCUGUUGGGCGGUGACAGAUAAAAGCCCAGCUGCUCCACAGUCACUGUUUAGAACUGAUUCAGACUUCCAAGUGUUGGUCAGUCCUCCUCCCCUUGUUUUCAGCUCAACAUGUCUGUGGAAGGGAAAACUGCGGUGGUGAGCGGCGCGGCCAUGGGCAUCGGGAAAGCUGUGACAGAGAUCCUCCUGGAGAACGGUGCAAAGGUGGUCCUCCUGGAUAUAAACGAGGCUGCAGGACAGAGUUUGCUGGAGUCCCUGAAUAAAAAGCACGGAGCUGGAAAAACUUUGUUUGUGAAGUGUGACGUUGAAUCCGAGGAGCAGAUCAAAGCUGCCUUUAAAAAAACUGUUGAAACUUUUGGAGGAAUAGACAUCGUGUGCAACAACGCUGGCAUUGUGAAUGAGAGCAGGUGGGAUAAAACCAUCUCUAUAAACCUGAUGAGUGUCAUCAGGGCCACCUACAUCGCUCUGGAGCACAUGAGCAAACAGAGUGGAGGUAGAGGAGGUGCUAUUAUCAACACUGCAUCUAUGGCAGGUCUUGGCCCGUUCACAUGCUGUCCCGCCUACACAGCCUCCAAGUUUGGAGUGGUGGGUUUCACCAGAGCCAUGGCGGGUGCCUCCAAGGCGUUGGGUUAUGGGGUCCGGUUAAAUGCUGUUUGCCCAGGCUUUGUGCAGACUGACCUCAUGGAUCAAAUCCCAGAGCAACUGGGACCGUACACUGUGCUGGGUGAAUCUGUGGAACAGAUGAAGGAGAAGCUGGGAGUUUUAUCCACGUCUGACGUGGCCGAGGCCUUCCUGGAGCUGCUCAAAGAUGAGACGAAAGACGGACAGGCCCUCUUUGUGACACCGAAAAAGAGGAGUUAUGUGCAAUUCCCAUCACUUGAUUCAAAGGAGUAAAUGACCAUGAAACAGCGCCACCUACAGUCAGCUGCUGGACUGAAACCAAAGUGCAAACUGCAGCCUCAUUUUUCUUUAUUUAAUGCAGUUUACAAUUAAAUUUUUCUUUUUGAUGUACUUCCUGUAACAUUUGUUCUAAAGMAAACAGUUUGAUUCAACACCUGUGGUGUUCACAAAACUUCAUCACAAAAAGGAAGUUCAUCAAACAAUGGAAUCUGGUGUGGGCAUUUAUAUUUAUAACUUUAUUUUAGUAGUAGUAGUAGUAGUAGUUGUAGUUGUAGUCGUAGUAGUAGUCUCUGUCAAAUCUGCAGAAUUGGUUCUUGUGUUCUGUCAUGUUUUUACAUUUUUGUACAACAGACAGUGAACAGUCAGAUUUUUUAUUUACAAAAAGGAUUUGAAAAAGUUUCCUGUUGCUGUUUACGACUUCAUCACUAGAUGUCAACAUUUCAUGUAUGCUCCUUUUUAAAUGUAAUUUAAAGUCUGAUUAUACUAACCCUGUCAGAAAAUUUGUCACUUUUUCAUGUUUGAAUAAAAAAUAAUUAAGCAAAAUAAAAGAGCAGCAAAAGA